AUGUUGCACCACCAUCACCGCUUGCCCCGAAACACCACCACCACCUCUUCUUCCCUCCUUCCCUACACCACAUCUCCUCCCCCCCUUCCUCCCCCCCAGGUGGUCAACGGCUUCAACUCCACAGUGUUUGCCUACGGCCAGACCAGCUCCGGCAAGACGCACACGAUGAAGGGCACGGGGGACGACCCGGGCAUCAUCCCGCUGGCGGUGCGCGAGAUCUUCCAGCUCAUCGGCGCCUGCCAGGACCGCGAGUUCCUGCUGCGGGUAUCCUACAUGGAGCUGUACAACGAGGACAUCAACGACCUGCUGGCCCCAGACAACCAGAAGCUGGCGGUGCACGAGACCAAGGAGGCUGGGGUGCACGUGGCAGGCCUGCGGGAGGACAUUGUCAGCAGCCCCGAGCAGGUGCUGGAGCUGCUGGAGUGCGGCGAGCGGCACCGCCACACGGGUGAGACGCGCAUGAACAAGUCGUCCUCCCGCUCACACACCGUCUUCCGCAUGGUGGUGGAG